AAUUCUUAUAUCAUGAGUUUGAUUCUAAAGAGAUGUCGACCAUAGGCAUAGAUUAUGGCCAUAAGACGUUGUCAUUGUAUAACAGGAAAAUCAAAAUAGCUGUAUGGGAUACAGCUGGCCAAGAAGCGUUCAAGUCCAUAGCUAGAUCAUAUUAUUCGGGCGCUGCGGCUUGUAUAUUAGUGUACAAUAUCACUAAACGUUAUUCGUUUCAACAUGUUAGCGAAUGGUUAAGAGAAGCUCGACUUAAUUCUGGUACCAGAAUGACGUUCGCGUUAGUGGGCAACAAAACUGAUUUAGAAAAUAAUAGAGAAGUAGAACGAAUUGAAGGUGAACACUUUUCCUACAAAAAUAGCUUAUUAUUUUUUGAAACUUCUGCCAAAACAGCAAGUAACGUAUCAGACGUUUUCGAGGAUUUAGCAAAACAUUUAUACAAAAAAGUCUUGAGUGGUGAAAUUGAUGUCAAUAGACCGAUAUCAGGAGUUAGACUUGGCCGCAAACGCAGCAAAUCAGAAAUAGUGAAGAACCAUGCAAGUGAUUGUUGUACGUUUACAUAAAAUAAAAAUAGUAUUUACCUACACAGUAUACUAAAAUUAGGCCACAAGUGACAAACACGUCAAAUUAUAUUUGUAUAUUUGUAACAUAAUAUUAUUGAUUUUUAAUUACUACCUACGUACUUUACCUAACGUUACUAUUUAUUAUUAUUAUUUUUUGUUUUCCAUUAUUAGAACUAUAGUUCUUAGCUAUUACUAAACAUAGAUAUUAGAUAUUAUAACAAAAAAAAAAUCACAAUUAGUAAACAAUACUUCAACUAAUCUACUAAUGAAGAUAUUUUUUUUCGUUUACCGAACUCGGAUGUUCAGUUUAUAUUAUGUAUUUAUGUAUCUUGGAAGUGAAUCUUUUCAUAGCGAAGACACUUUCUUUU